ACGCUCCCCAUGCGGAGAUUUGCGCAGACGGACUCGACUCAACUCGGCUCGGAUGAACCAUGCAGAGGCUGCUGCUGCUGUUUCUGAGUCUGGUACUCACUUCUCAUCCUGUGUGGAUGGUCCGGUUCUCUCAGGAGCCAACAGAUCAGUCUGUGAUUCUGGGCCAAAGAGUGGUCAUGUCCUGCGUAGUUUUUAACUACACAGGCAUUGUGCAGUGGACCAAGGACGGACUGGCUUUAGGCAUUGGAGAGGAUCUCCGGGCCUGGCCACGGUACCGUGUGUUGCGGCAGGUGAAUGUGGGGCAGUACAAUCUAGAGAUCACAUCGGCAGAACUCUCUGAUGACUCUCUCUACGAGUGCCAGGCGACAGAAGCUGCCCUGCGCUCUCGCAGAGCCAAACUUACAGUUUACAUUCCCCCUGAUGAGCCGGUGAUUGAGGGUGGCCCUGAAAUCCUUCUCACUGCAGGAGUUCCUCACAACCUUAGCUGUGUGUCACGCGGAGCCAAGCCUGCUGCUGUUAUAGAAUGGCAGAAAGACGGGCUGCCUAUAGAAGGAGCAGUCAGCACGACAGAUCUGCUACCAGACAGAAAGCGUGUCACCACACGCAGCUACCUGCCAGUCAAUCCUCUGGACACAGACACAGGGAAGAACUUUACAUGCGUGGCCUCCAACCAGGCAGUGUCCACAGGAAAACGGACUUCCGUCACCCUCAACGUGCAUCAUCGUCCUGUGGUGGUGCUUUCCAUUGAGCCACGCUCUGUGCUGGAAGGAGAGAGAGUGACGUUUACCUGCCAGGCCUCUGCCAACCCUCCAGUUAUUGCCUACAAAUGGGCCAAGGGCGGCGUGGUCAUCCAGGGUGCAAGAGAGAGUGUGUUUGUAACUAAAGCUGACCACUCGUUCUUUACUGAGCCAGUCUCCUGCCUAGUGUACAACGUCAUAGGAAGCACCAACGUCAGCAUACUGGUGGAUGUCCACUUUGGUCCUAUUCUGGUAGUAGAGCCAAAGCCAGUGACAGUGGACAUUGAUUCUGAUGUUACUUUGAAUUGCAAGUGGGCAGGCAAUCCUCCGCUUACCCUCACAUGGACUAAGAAGGGUUCCAGUAUGGUUCUUAGUAACAAUAACCAGCUGCAUUUGAAGUCUGUGAGCCAGGCAGAUGCCGGCCAGUACGUGUGCAAAGCCAUAGUGCCCAGGAUCGGCGUGGGAGAGACAGAAGUCACUCUUACUGUCAAUGGUCCACCCAUUAUCUCCAGUGAGCCAGUCCAGUACGCAGUCCGAGGAGAGAGGGCCGAGUUAAAGUGUUACAUCGCCAGCACUCCCCCACCAGACAAGAUUGUGUGGGCAUGGAAAGAGAAUGUGUGGGAUAAAGAGAAGGGGAUUCUACCAGAACGCUACACAGUGGAGCAGAGUAAGCCAUCACCCGAUGGAGGAGCAGUAUUGUCCACACUCACCAUCAACAAUGUCAUGGAGUCUGAUUUCCAGUCCACCUACAACUGCACCGCCUGGAACACCUUUGGUCCGGGCACCAUGAUUAUCUCUCUGGAGGAGACUGAAAUCGUACCAGUUGGUAUCAUUGCUGUUGGCACUGUCGGCUGUUGUAUUCUUCUGUUGCUCUUUUUGUUGGCACUGAUCCUGUUUCUGUAUCGUCAGCGCAAAGGAAGUCGUCGUGGAGUGACACUUGGAAAACCAGACAUUAAGGUGGAGACGAUAAAUAAAGAAACCCACAGCUUAGAGGAAGACACCGCCAGUGUCUCCACAGCAAGCCGCAUGGUCAAGGCCAUGUACUCUUUUUUGCCCUCUGUGACCCUCUCUCCCUCCUCUCAGCCCUUUAAAGAUGACAUCAUUGACCCCAAGCAGGAGCUUCGCAGUGACACGCUGGACACACGGCAGGACUAUGAGAUCAAGGACCCAACAAAUGGCUAUUACAACGUCAGAGCGUCCACCCACGAUGAGGGCCGCCCUGCCUCCCGCUCCAUGCACUACUCUGACUAUCGGACCUCCAGCACACCAGGGGGCCCUGCAUCUGUUAGUGCUGGCUCAGGUGCUGGAGCUACAGUGGGUCCUGCAACGCCAAGCAGCUUGGGCCCUGGCUCGAGAGCCGGCUGCUACGACCCUAGGCCUCCUUCCAGACUCAGCUACGCCCAGUUCAACACCUUCAACCGGCCGACUCAGUCUCAGCAACCUCCACCCAGCUCCGGGCCUCAGACAGGCGAUUUUUCGGCCGACUGCAGUCUCCUAGACUCAACACCUCAGUUAGCGUAUGACAACUACAGCUACCCAACGCACUACCCCACUUAUCGUAUGGGAUUUGCUCCACCAAGCCUGGCUCCAUUAGAAAGUGGCGCGGCGUACGAGUUGUUCAGCGUGGGGCCGGGCGUAGGUGUCGGAAGCGCUGCUGCAACCCCCGACAGCGGAUUAGGAAAAUACGGCAGCUCCACGCGCUUCUCUUACACCUCUCAGCAUUCCGACUAUUCCCACCGACAUACGCAGAGGAUGCAGACGCACGUGUGAACGUAACGCCAUGUCAUGCUUCUCUUCCUCACUUCUGCACACACUUGGCCACAAGCACACAC